CAGUCGUCGUCCGUCGCUGCCACAAUGUGGGUGUCGCUGCCGCUGUCCGGGGUCCUGGCUGUGCUGUCUGUCGGCGCCGGAGCGCUGCCGGCUCUGCAGGCCGAGCACCGCCUGCCGCCCGACCUGGUGCUGCCCGACACUGCCAGCAUCCCCGGCCAGAUGCUGGCCGACUGGGGAGUCGACAAGUUCUUCUCGCUGUGGUACAUCUUCGCGCUCAGCGAUAACGUCGAGGUGUCCAAGGACGUAUACACCGUGCUGGCUCCCAGUAACGCCGCCUUCGAGCGCGUGAAGCUGACGCCCGGCUUUUCGGACCGGAGUCACAUUGUGACCGUGCUGCGCAACCACAUCCUACUGGGAGAGGUGGUGACCGAGGAGCGCCUGAAGCAGCUGCCCGACGGUGGCACCUUCAGCGUGCCCACCCUGCUCGGGACGCAUGCUGUCUUCGCCAACCGCAACGGCACUCUGUACGUCAACAACACGGAGAUAAUUGGCGACAUCUUGGAGAUCACCAACGCCAGCAUCGUGCGCACCGACGACUACAUCCCGUUGCCAGACACCUACCAGCCGGCCGACGAACCACAGUUUGCCGAGACGAUCAUAGAGGGCAGUGGCAGCGAAGCGGGCGAUUUGACCGCCAGCGAGGCGGCUGACCUGGCCGGCAGUGAGACGGCUGUUCUGCCGCUGCUGAACGAGGUCGGUGACCUCGGAGAGCCAGAGUUCGGGCCGCCGAUCGAGAGCGAUCCGAUUCAGAAUGAGUUCACCGCCGGCAGCCAGAGGGUGAAGAUCCCGCCGGCCGGCAAGGACUCCUUCCUGGAGGCGGUGGAGGACGCGCUCAGCCUGCUCAAAGCGGGCGUCGGCGAAUUCCAAGGCUUCUUCUACGAGUCCAACAUCACCGGACUCUUCGAGAAAGACGAGGAGUACACACUGUUCCUGCCGGUCAACGAGGCCUUCCAGAGGUUCUACCCCAUCGACUGGGGCUUCAACCCGUUCCUGGUGACUAGCUUCACCCGCGAGACCAUCCUCAACCACUUCGUCAAGGGCAAGCUCACCAGCAAGGACAUCACCAACGGCAUGAAGGUCUCCACCAUGGGAGGAAAGGAGCUCGUCUUCAAAGUGGGCCCAGAGAGCACGUCUGUGAACGGAAAGCCACUGUUCCUCGGCGACACGCCCAUCUCACACGGAAACAUCCUGUUCCUGGACGAGCUGCUGUUUGUCGACUACGACAUCAUCGCCGAACUGCGUCUGAGUCAUCGCGAUAAGGAGACCGCGCCCGUGCUCGCAGGUAUGGCCGGCGAGGCGAUGUUCCUGGCGCACCUGAUCAGCAAGCUGACCCACCGGGACAACAGCAGCACGUCCACCUACAGCAAGUUCGUCGAGUACAUCUACAGCAGCUUCGACGACAUCGCCAUGAACGUCUCCAACGACUACAAGUACACGUUCCUGGCGCUGGAUGACGCGGCCGUGUCCAGAGCGCUGGGCGGACCGGGCCAGCCGGACCCUCUGCUGACGGACGGAGCUCUGCGCGACCGGACACUGCUCUCACACCUGAUCCGGCAGCGGCUGUACCUUCACGACCUCAAGGACGGCUUCACGGCCACCACGCUCGGCGGACAGACCAUCGAGGUUGCCGUCACCGACGAGGGGACGUUCAUCAACGGCGUGCGACUGCUGCCACGUCACGAGCACGUCUACAAUCUCGGCAACGUGCUCUUCAUCGAGUCGUUCCCCUUCAUCACGCCUGGAGAGCUGCAGCAGCGUGGUGCUGAUGCCGCCCUGGAGCCCGAGGGUUCCGGUUCAGAGCUCAAUUCCGAGCUGGACCCCAAGCUCGGCCUGGGGCGGUACGAGGCCGGCCUGGGGCUCGGUCUGGAGGGAGUGGAGUCGUUCGCCGGCGAGGCGGGUCUGCCCGAGGGCAUGAUGCGGGCCGAUGGCGUGCUGGAAGUGUCAUCGUCCCCGGUGGGGAUGGAUGUGGUGAUGGACGGGCCCUGAGGAGUGAGACGUCAGGAGCUGGAAUCUCCGCGCCGAGCGGAGCUGGACUCUGAGAGAGGAGAUGGACUCUGCGGAGAAAGUGAGCUGGACUCGUUGAGUCGUCGCAGGUGCGUGCGGCGCUAUAGGCGCAGGGACAAGCGCUGAGCAUCAGCCACAGCGCCGGCUCCGGUGGGGUGCGGGAUUGUGGAGCCAGCCGGCUGGCUCACCAGGGUCCGUAAAUGGAUUGAGCGGGCUCUAUCGUCGUACUUCAUGAGAACACCGUGAAAGCUGGCGAUCACCGGUGUACGGGCGUGAGGACAAUUUGUGCUCGCUGUGGACAUCAUUAACCCGUUUCUGCGGUGGCUCCUAUGAUAUCGCUAUACUGCCACGAUCGACCCGUACCGCCACAAACUCACCAAGAGGGCACGACCCACACGAGCAGAGCGGCUCUGGAGUAAAUACCACUGGUAGAGGAUUGGCAGCGAGUUAUCUUUACUUGUAGUGUGUGCCGGAGCAGGCCGAGACUAUUUAGUGCGUUGAUCGAAGUUUUGCACGACCCAGCUGCGCAAACUAUUUUACAUACCAACUGAGAGAUAUAUGACGUGUGCGGGUGAAUGUGUGCUCGUGACAAUGCUUUAUCAUACUGGGCGAAACGAAUGUCUGGAAUGAAUGAAUCUCAUCACCUAACUGGGCGGGCGACUCCAAAGCGAUUAGCCUGGGUUGGCUCUGGUUUGACAUUACACCAUAUUGGACGUAUGUAGGAAAUGACUGCGGCAGAAUGAUCUUUGUCGAGUAAAUGCCGAGAGACCCAGUGAAAUGCCACUACGAAGUGCAGUAAGAAUGUGAGUUAAUGUCUUCUCCACUAGAGUACAGCUGAGAUUACUUGUUCACCUGUUGUUAAAUAUGUACCGUGCAUGUUGCGUUAUCAAUGAUCACAUCCUAGAACCUUAACAACCAUUUAUAUUCAGACAUAUUUAGCUUUUAAGUGGUAUGCUACUAUGAAGCUCUUUGUCGAAGGGGGAACUGCAGCCUUUUAUAUGUACAGACGGGCGCCAUUUUGAGAUUAAAAUCAAAUCAACCUCAAAUGCUGCGCGCCCGGAGGUCCGAUGCUUGAAAUACACGCUGACGUGCAACCAAAAUAAUAAGUGCGAUUAGGAAAUGUGUCGACCAAAGUGAAAAUAAAUUCCAAAAUAGUAAAUA